CCCACCUCCAUCCCUCAACAAGCGCCCAGCAUGUCGCUCCCUGAUGCCCAGCUGCACCAGAUCCUCGCGCAGAUGCAGGCGCAGGCCGUCGCGGCGCAGCGCGAGCUCAGCCGCGUGCGCGCCCAGAGCUCGAGCCUCGAGGGCGCGCGCCGCCGCGCCGAGCUGACGCGCAGGCAGGUCGAGGAGGAGAAGGACGCGACGCUGUGGGUCGGGCGCGGCAAGAUGUUUCUCAAGACGCCCUCGCCAGACGUGCAGGCCGAGCUGCUCGAGCGCGAGCAGACGCUCUCGGCCGAGGUGGCGAAUCUGGGCAAGAAGAUGAAGUUCCUGGAGAAGCAAGCGGCCGAGGCACAGGGACAUUUGCGCGACGUGUUCCGCGGCAUGGACGCACAACAACGAGCGACAUGAGAGAGCAAGCAAAUGUAUACCAAAUUCGCCUCUGU